UCGCAGGCUCCAAAACCAGUCCAGCGGUUCAUCAUGAGUCUAUUGAAAAUCCCCUUCAUCAUAGCUCCAGCCAUUGGCAUUCAUAUUUCGUUCAGUUCGUCUGCUCCACCACCUUCACCUGAGGAGAAGGUGAAGCCCCCCAUGGUCGAGAUCAUCAUCUUGCAGUUUCAGAGUCUUUGGGGUAAUGAUAUAAAGAAGAUCUGCACGUGGGCAGUAUCAUCUGUCGAAGUGGCCAACAUCCUUGCCAUGCAUAUAGCUCCCUCGCAGAUUCCAGAGGGCAUCUAUGUCGCCAGAGCUUUGCAGUUUUUGCGCUCUCUCCACCCCACGCCAAUCACCCCUGCUUUCCUUGCUGGCAGUCUUGCUGUCACGAUUGGCGGCUUGUUCAGGCUUUAUUGCAUGUCAACUUUAGGGAAGUGCUGGAGCUGGACGCUCAGCAUCAGAAAAGAGCAUAGACUUGUGACAAACGGGCCGUACUCGCUCGUUCGCCACCCAAGUUACACCGGGUUCCUUCUCCAAUAUAUCGGGCUCAUCGUCAUGUAUGGAGAACAAGGAUCAUGGUUGAGGCAGUCUGGGAUUUUACAAGUGCCUUUAGUAAAUGUGCUACUAGCAAUUGGCUUCUUCGCGUUUACGGUAUGUGUUUGGAUGGCCUUCAGCCGACCUCAGGUAGAGGACAAGAUGCUCCAUCGUGCUCUGGGAAAAGAUUGGGAGAAGUGGGCGGAGAGGGUGAAGUACCGAUUGCUUCCUGGAGUUUAUUGA